GAUAUCUAAUACUCGUUAGAGGACAGCAAGUGCAGUGUCUCUUGACUAUCGGUCGAACGAAGGCCACCCUAAGUUGAGGUGACCGGAUUUCUAGCCAUCGCACAGGUGGUGAUUCUCACAAAUGUUGUUCCUCUAUUGGACAUUUAAUGUGCGAUGUACAACUUUUGAGAAGUAAUAGUUUUAAAGUCCCUCAAAGACUUACUAUAGGAUCAUCAUCAGGUCGUUGUCGAUAGAAACCCGAAUGAAUUGAGAUGGAACGUCGACCAUCAACGACUACACUGGUAGGCGCUUAUGGCGUUUAUUUGGGUGUCCAUUGUCCUGGAAUUUUGACCUCAGUGGCCAUUCAGGCCGACAUGUUUAUAUUUUGUUGGCAUCUAGACAAGGCCUAUCGUAGUGGCUCACCAACAAAUCACUUAUAUACGGCAGCUCAUCAUCAAAUCCCUCGCAUGCGGCAGUGAUGCAUAGAAUGUUUCUUGCUUAAUAGCUUCCGAUUUUCCUUCAAAAUAUCUUUCAUUCCUCUUGAUCAUCAAGGUUAUUCAAGAUGUCAGAUUCAGGAAAUCCAUCUACCGAUAUACUCCCUUCCGGGAACUCGAGUCUUUUCUCCAAUCUACCCACUGAAUUAAAAUGCCGAGUUGUCGAUUUGCUUGUCGCAAAAGAUGUAGUUAAUCUCCGUCUUACAUCAAGAACUUGGAGUGGCGUAUCUGUUACUGGCCUUUUCAAUGUUUCUAAUGGAAAUCAUAUUGAACAUGGCGUAUUCUCCAUUCGACCACAUCUUGACGAUAUGACUCGAUUACGAUCCGUUGCCGGCUCACCGUGGCUAGCGAAAGUUAUCAGACAUGUAAAAAUAUAUGUUGGAGAUUUGGAUAUGUUAGAAUUUGAUCAUGAAGUUCAGACUGUCAACAGAUACACCAAAAUUGAGAGUAUGUUGACUUGUGAGAGAAAAGUUAAUACCUUACUGGAACAGAUUGUCCAGAAUAGGAUGAAACAUUGUGAUAUUCUCAUGCUCUCUCAUUCCCUUUCAAAAUUGCCUUCGGUCAAAUCGGUAACAGCCACUGCGAAUGAAUGUCCAUUUUCGGCUUCGGAGGUCAAUUUUACAUUAGCAUGGAUGCGACUCAUGCGAAGGUGGAACCGUGAGCCGGACGCACUUUACGAUUCUUACGAUACCACAUUUCCUACAAGAUCAAGUAUCAGACAUCUCAGUAUACUACUGGCAACACGAUUACUACAACAACCUAUUCGAAAUUUAGUGUUGGAUACUUUCCCAAUCGAUCUUUUUGCUAGUCAAAGCUUCGAUGGUGACGACGACAAAAUUGGACCAUCCUAUGAAAUCCACACUAGCUUUCUUCAUGAUAUGGAAGAUAUGACAUCAAAAGUUGAGCAUUUCCGAAUUGGUAUCAAUUCUCUUGGCAACAACGCCACAACUCAAGAGCAUACCAGAGUAAUCGCCAAAUCCAUGAGUAUGUUCAUGGGAUCCAUGCAAUCCCUUCGAUCUUUAGAUAUCACUUUAAAUAUGUCCUUUCGAUUUCCGAAUGAGUCAAUGGAAUUAACCAACCAGGAUGGAUUCUAUUUCAAUACAUUCCCACACCUCGAGAACUUACGUGUCUCCAAAAUCAGAUCUUUCGAUACUUCAUUCUACUCGUUCAUUUUCCGUCACAAAGCAUCCCUGAAAUCUUUAUCCCUAGGACAUGGGUUUUUUCUGAUUCCUCAUGAUAAACCUAGAGGAUGCGUAUCCAUCAAAUCUAUACUUUUCAAACUGCGCGACGGCUUGAAGUUAGAGAGAUUUCAAUUAUUGGUCAGUGCCAGUGAUCGACAAAUAUAUGAUCAGGAUUGGCAGGUUGUAAAGUCUUCUGCACAUAAAUUACCAGAUGCAAAAUUGUUCGAAAUGUUCGUUUUGGGGAAAUGGUCGUGGCCGAUGGUGAAUGUGGAUUAUCCGCAUUGGAGAAGAAUGGAUGAGUGGAAAGGAUGGGUUCGACGAGAUGGAUGGGACAAGUUGAAGUCGAAGUCGAAAAGAGAUAUCAAGGAGCUAGAUUGGUAGGAUGUACAUGUAUAAAAUAUAUAAUAAUUUUUUCGUUAAUAUUUCCA